GCUCCACUCUGCGUGUUCAGCCCUCCGGACUCCUUCCUCCUCCUUCCUCCUCCUCCUCCUCCUCCCGUGGCUUUCUGCUGCUGAUGCUCACUGGAGGUGAAGCUGUUUCUCUUGCUUUCAUCCCGGAUCGACCUCAGAUUUCCCUCCUUUUUUUAUGUGCAGUUUUGACCUGCCAUCUGUGAUGACAGCGCAGGUGAUCAGUUGGUCAACAGACAAUCCCUGAGUGAGACGGAGCGACUCAGACCCAGCAGAGUGCAGGGAACGCGGAGAGGGAAGCGGCCACUUCUCGGGAUUCUGUCGCCGCUCGGAACUCAGAUUCUAUCGGAACCGGAGCGCCGUCUUCAUUUCAUCCAGACAUGGAUUUUCUGGACCUGCGUUUCUUCAACAGCUCCUUUUUCAACGAUAAUUUCACCGAUUACUUCAACAAGACGGAGACAGACGCCCUGCUGCCAGCGGGCUUCAGGGUCACCAUCGUGGUGGUCUACAUGAUCGUCUGUCUCUUCGGCCUGGUGGGGAAUUUCCUGGUCAUGUACGUUAUCAUCAGAUACACAAAGAUGAAAACAGCCACUAACAUCUACAUCUUUAACCUGGCCCUGGCCGACUCCCUGGCCCUGGCGACGCUGCCUUUCCAGGGCACCGAUGUUUUCCUGGGCUUUUGGCCCUUUGGAAACGCUCUCUGUAAGACCGUGGUGUCUUUCGACUACUACAACAUGUUCAUCAGCACCUUCACUCUGACGGUGAUGAGUAUGGACAGGUACGUGGCCGUCUGCCACCCCGUCAAGGCGCUGGACAUGAGGACGCCGCACAAGGCCAAGGUGGUGAAUGUCUGCGUGUGGGUGUUGGCCUCUGCUGUUGGUGUCCCAGUAAUGGUGAUGGGAAAUGUGGAGGUGGUGGGGGAGGACAACGGUACUGAGUGCAUUUUGGUUUUCAAUGAACCAAAGGAUCAGUGGGAACCUAUUUUUGGCACCUGCGUCUUCCUCUUCUCCUUCCUCAUCCCCAUGGCCAUCAUCAGCAUCUGCUACAGUCUGAUGGUGAAACGCCUUCGAAAUGUCCGCAUCCUGUCUGGCUCCAAGGAAAAGGAUCGCAACCUGCGGCGCAUCACCAGGAUGGUCCUGGUGGUGGUGGCGGCGUUCGUGGUCUGCUGGACGCCCAUCCACAUCCUGGUCCUGGCUCAGUCUCUGGGCUUCAUUCUGAGGAGCAUGUACGCCGUGGUCAUGUUCCACUUCUGCAUCGCUCUGGGCUACAUCAACAGCGGCCUGAAUCCUGUGCUCUACGCUUUUCUGGACGAAAACUUCAAGCGCUGCUUCCGUGAGUUCUGUCAGCCGUCUCCGUUCCGCCUGGACACCCAGCAGUCAGGCAGGAUGAGGAGCAUCGCCAGGGAGGUGGCAGCGGCCUACAGCUACAAGGGCGGGGACGGCGGGGGGCCCGGUGCGGGAACGGCGAAUCCGGCAUGACUAGGCGUGGAGCUUCCUCUGGUGGGGGUCGUCCCCACGCAGAGGGGAGAGACUCACGGGACAGGAAACUCCAACACAGAGCUCACUCAGAUCACGGCUCUCUAGCGGCACGAGCCCUCCCGCCCCCCAACUCGCAGAUUGGCGUGGGGCGGGGGGGAGGGAGACGAGGAAGACGGCUUUGAAAGGAAGAGGAUUUAGGGAAGAUGAAAACACAAACCAACAGCUUCGAUGGGACAGCUGGCGGAUGUUGCUGGUUUGAGGACAAAAAGCAUUUCAAACAAACCUGAAGAUGUUCUGCUUAACUUUGAUCACAAAACCAGUGUAAGUAUCUGAAGGUUUUGGUUUUUAGCUCAAACCCAAAGGAGCCUGCUGCUCCUCCACAUAACUGCCAAACCUUCUGGUUCUAAACUCACAUUUUGCUGAAGCGUUUGAACAGCAGCAUUGGUAGCAGCUGCAGACACCAAAUCUGUGAAACUAUCCAGCGGUUUAGAUCGUCUCCCUGUCACUGAGAACCACAGACUGAAGGCUGCUAAGGAAAAGUCUGGUCAAUGUGUGAAACGGUGUUUUCAUCACUACUGUGUGCCGCAGCCUUCCAGGUUCCUGUUUGGUCUGAAGUCCUUUCCAUCGUCAGUGUUGGAUGAAGGCCUGCAGAGCUGUGCUCGGGUCAGCAGGAGGCCGCUGCUGUGCAGGUCUUACUAAGACAUGUUUACGUUUUGUCUGAGCUCUUAUCACAGAUUUAUGACAUCGAAGUCGACUCGAGGUUGGAUUAUUAAUGUGUUUUCCAAUGUAUUGGGUUCAUAUUAGAACAAAGUGAGGCCACUCAUUCUUAAACUGUUAGGUCACAUGACUGCCGUUAGUCUUAUAAACCAAAUCUUUCAAGGUAUUUAGAACAAAAAGCCUUAGGAAUGUUGUUCUUUACCAAGUAGGAGAGUUUCUUUCUGUUUAUGACAGCAGAGGAUAGAAAUGCUUCAGGUGAAGGUUGGGUGACCAGGUGCUGAUCUCAGUGUGGACCUGCAUAGAGUUUAGAAAACUCAAGUUCUGGAUCCGAUCCAUUGAAGUGGACGAGAUUUAGAGAAACAGCAACAAUCUGAAAGAUUCGAUUUGCUAACGAUCCCAAAAACCAGUUGAUCCCCAAAUGACCCUGAAAACAUUUCAGCCACAAAUAUGAAGCUAAAUAUGAAUAAAUACCCUGCAGCUGCAAGUUGGAAAAAAUGUAACUGUUUAUUAUUUUGUGUUUUCAAUGUUAAAAACAUAAAUUUUGAUAUCUAACAUUGCAAACAUUGGUCACCCUGAGGCAGAACAUAAUCAACUAAAAGCAAAGAUUGAGACUGAACUACAGAUUUAGGGUUGGACCAAGGUUAUAAAUAGUUUUAUAUAUUUAUGUUAUUAUCCUCUAUGAAUCAGAAUAACUGACUGUUUGAGAUGAUUUUGCUGGGUCAAGGGACUCAGAUUAUUACAGCGACAGCCUGGAGUUUUGCAAAUCAGAGCUGCAAUUGUGCAACAAACAAAUUACAUUGUAUUCUGUUACCUGGAUUUAAAAAAAUGCUAUUUUUGUGGGAAUUUUAUUUGACUAACCUGUUUUGUAAAUUAGAUGUAAGACUGGAUUCAGAAAUAUGGCUAUUUAUUUGGAAUCGGCAUUAAAUAGGAAAAGUCAGAAUCUACAAAACCUUUAAGAAAAUUAUUUAAAUUAGUUUUUAAGAACAUUAAAAAAUUUUAUAGCUUACAGAUAUGUUUUUUUUAUGAUGUUUAUCUUCAACUUUAUGACUAGACAAGACAAUUUUUUUCUUUAUUUCACUGCCAGCAUAUCAAAAAAAGAAGUUACAGAAAGAGGAUGCAGGAAAGGCCUGGAUAAAGGAAACAAAGGCUCAGAAAAUCCUGAUUUAGAUCUGUUCCCGAUUCCCUCUGUGGCUGACGGGACGCCGAGGCGUUUAGACACACGAGGCGUUUGCAUGACAGAGAAAAUACAAUCACAGAUUUGUUGAAACUGAUCAGUUCUGAUGAUCUGAGUUGCUUUAUUUUUUAUUCUUUUAUUUUGAAGUGUAAAGCUGCUCAGGUCUGGGGUCGGGUUCUCGGAGUGUUCAAUGUGAACCCAAAUGCUGGAGCAGCAUUGGGCAUCAUGAAGGGGUCGCAGGGUUCUGACCCCACAUCAAGGGACAAAGGGGCUCUCUCUCUCUUUAUCUAUCUCUGUCUGUCUUUGUGGUGUAAUAAAGUGGAAAUAAGCCCUGAAACAUUGAUUUUAGAAGAUAUUCUCACAAUUUUUGCAGAAUGUUGUGACUGGAUGUUAUUUUCUUAACUUAUAUUUUUGGGAACCUGUGACAUCAUGCAUCUAUGGCAACAGGAAAGACACCCUGGACAGAUUAGAAGCUGCAUUUCCAUUAAUCAUGAAAUUGCACAAAUCGUAGUUCUAAAAAUUAAUUUGCUUCUUGCAUGGAAACACAGCAGUUUAGCAAAAACUCAAGAAAACAGAUUUAUUUAGCAAAACAUCACAUGAGCCACGUGAUCAAAGUUGUGUGUCAUUCGAACGUGUUGAAUCCACAGAUCUGUAAAAUUAAUUACAAAGUUCCCAAAACACUCCACAUGUAGACAAUAGGAAGUAACUUGACUCCUCUGAUUGGCUAAUAGAUGAUGAGCGCUGGCAUCGUGACUGAAUCAUGAAAAUAUUUACUGUUUAAAUCUGUCACAGCCAUGAUUUUAAUGACUUAUCAUGUGAACAAGCUUAUUCUUAUUUGAUAUUGAUCUUAUUUCUUAUUUAAUAGAAAUACAGCAAUUGUGAAUUUGUGUUUUUGCGACAAGAUUUGCGCUCAUCUGUAAUGGAAACGCAGCUACUAUUGCAGGAAAACACAAAGAUAAAACAACCAUGCAUGCAAGACUUGAAUGCUUACAUGCAUGUUCAUUUGGGAACGAUUUCUGUUUGCGUGGAAAAGCCACACAGAGAACAUGCAGACUCUGCACAGAAAAGGCCAUUCUGAGACUGGAACUAGCAACUUGCUUGCUAAAAAAUUGCGGAGCCACCAUGCUGUCUGAAUAAAACACUUAAUGUGAACAUUACUUUCAUUCCUGUGUUGCCUUUCCUCUUUGAAAGAAGUUUAGUUCAACUUUCUUACAGAGUUUGAAGAGAUAGAGUCUAAAUUUGUGAGAAACUUCCUGUGGGUCAUUUCUGGAUCUGUAUUUGUAGUUUUGUUGACUUUUUUUUUUUUGACAUUUCUAAUUUGUGCCCCUUUGCUUACGUGGCUCUGUGUUUGAGGAUCAACCCGGCAGGUGGAGGAAGACUGUUUCCUAAUUUUCAUCCUUUCUUUUCUUGCAGUUUUACUAAAGUAGUUAAUGGUAGCUUUGAACUGUCUGAGCUUUAACUUGCUACAUGUGCUUUGUACGUCUUAGGGCUGGUAUCCCCUUUAAAAUCUUUGUCACUUCAUGUAAACUGUGAAUUUCUGUAAGAUGUCUAUUUUUCUUUCCUUUUCCUUGACUCUCCUGUUGUCAUUAGAAUUAGAGGACUGCAAGCUGAGAUAUUUUCCUGUUGCACAGAGUAAGAUUAUGGAGCAAUUUGGCUGUUUGUUAAAAAAAAAGAAAAUGUUUCUGCUCUUUGCUGCAGACGAUUACCUUUUAUUUGAUUCCAUAAACGUACAUUGCCUUAAAUAUAAAGUGAGGUCUGUUAUUGAAGCUUGCUCUUUGGCUGGAAACAAUUUGUUCUAGUAUGUAAUGGUGCUUUGCAGCUACUUUAUAGCGGUCCUGACCCGUAUUCAUAAACCCUCAGAGAAUAGCAGGAGACUGGUCCAAAAAGAAAGAUUUCAGCUUCACUAAACUCUAAUCUAAAGCACGUCCAAAUUUUAUUAACUAAAAACUUUAUCCUCAUACAGGAAAGCUGCAGAGUCGCCCUGUCAUUGCCCUUUGUUGGUCACAUACAAUAAAAUCAGCCUUUCUGUUGAGUGAUCAUUUAAGAUAUUAAUAUGAAGAUCAAUAAAAAUUGAUUUUUAUGUAAGAACAUUUCCAAUUGUAAAACAUGUUCUUGUUCUGCCUCCAGUUUUGUUAACAUUGAUUGUUUACAGUGAAUAUUUUAGAUGCAGAAAGCUUUUGUUUUGGAAAUUACGUUUGCUUUCAAAUCAUCAGGCCUGAAGAAACGUUUUCCACUGAUCUGGGGUUCCACAGAGCUGAGGAGCAGGCAAUAUCCUACCCACGUUAUAACGCUCUGUUAAGUAAGCUGUAAGUAAAACGUCUUAAUAAAAAGGACCUUUGGCUGUAAAGCAUUAAAAUACAAGAAAAGAAAAACAAAAUGCAUACAGAGGAAAUGUGAAUAUGAGUUUUCUUGCUAACCGUUAGUCAAUGAAAUCUCCAAAAGAAAUGUAAAAUACAAAAAUGUGUUUUAGAUUACAAAACAUACUGUAGAAAAAUGUUCUUUGAUAAUAAACAGCUUUUUUAUUUAAAUAAAAAUUAUAUAUCAAAGUAAUUUUUAAUCUUCUGAAAGUGAAAAAAAUUAAUUGACAAUAAAGCAACAAUUUCUGAUCAGCUUCUUCCAUUUUCCAUUGAUAUCUUUUUAAGAUGUAUUGCUUUGUAGCUACAGGCUACUUUAAGAAGUGAUAGAAAAUCAAUAAUAUUUGAUUGGAAGUGUCUACUAUUAUAGUAUACUAUUAUGCCUAUAAAGCUGUCUGCUCACAUUUGACUCAAACUGACCAAAGCUGGAGCGUCCAGGAUGAUAAAGUCUGUCUGUGGUGAGAGUUUUAUGAAUACCGGUCACCUGUUUAGACAACCUAGCCGAUUGUUUAGGAAAACUAGUCGGAGUGUCAAGGUUACCGAGUCCCUCUUCAUGAAGACGUGUCGCGUCGCCGCCGUGAGGCUUUUUGUGCUUAACUGUAACUGUUAAAAGUGAAGAAGCAGCGAUAUUUUCUAAAAUUGUUCGGUGUGACUUCUUUGUAGCAGGUCAAUCUGAGUCGGCAGAAACUCUCGUUUCCUGGCAGCGUCAUUUUUCUGCCUCUGGACUCUGUAUAGACAUUUAAAAAGAACAUUCUCGAUGUAAAAGAACCACGACCUCAUCAUCACCCAUAUUUAUGAUAUUUGGCUUGUUGUUCUCGAUGUGAAACUGUCAGCGCUCUCACAGCCUCUGAUUCUAUAUUGUUAGCUCUUUGCAUCAGGAAGCAGGGAGCCGCUUUCGUUUGUUUACAUCCUACAGACCACAUGAAUGUCAAAAGAAAUCUUGUUUAAAAUCUAUUUCUAAAAAAAUGUUGGUGUUAUUAUAAUAAUGAGUACCAAAAAAGAGCAUUUCCUAAGUGUUUCUGUUGUGUUUUUUCUUAUGCUCAGAAAGUGUCUGGUAUCUAUCAGUGUGUUUCUUGUGGACUGCAUUCUGCUCAGUGCCCGAGUCGUGAAUUCUCAAACAUUGCAGAGAAAAAGUUUUCACACUCCCCAAACUUCCACGGAUUUUGUUGCGUUAGUCAGAAAUGUCAGCGGAUUUUAUUGUGAAGUUGAAGGAAUGAAUUUCUGACGUUUGGACAAAUAAAAAUCAAGGACAAAAUUGCAGAUUACAACUUUUGCAAUGAAGGCUGAAUGUUAACAUUCUGCUAUUUGUUGCAUCUGAAUAUGUGCAGAAUAAAUGGGUCACAGCUUCCAUUUCUUCUGAAUCUCACGACUCUGGCACUGAGCCACAUAAAUUUACUUGUUGCUGUUUUCUGCACACAGCAGAAAGAACAACUGUGCUAGCUGGCUUGUUAAACACACAGUAAGAGUUUUUGCUGAAGCUUGAAUUUAAAUUGUAUAUUUUUUCUUCGCUUAUGAAAUGAAUAAAUAAGUAAACAAAGACAAUAAGUUGGUGGUUAACAAUUUUCUGGGAUUCAUUUACAACAGUAGUAAUCAGCUUUAGUAUCGCUGGGUCUGUGAAGGUGCAGCUUAGCACAGCAUUUAUUUUACUCUGCUGACUCCAUUUUAAUUCCUUAUUUUGAUUUUUAAGCUUAGGUCUCUAUUCAGUUGAUGUAAAAUCUGUCACUGUGUGCAGAAGUCAUUUAAACGUUCUUUCAAAUGGAAAAA